AUGGCAGCGCCGCUGCGGGCGGCCCUGGCGCUGGGGCUGCUGGCGGCCGCUCAGCCCGCACCGGCCCCGGCACAGCGGCGGCAGGCGGAGCUCUUCCUGGAGAAAUACGGCUAUUUCAGGGAGCAGGGGGCCAGCACACACAGCCCAGCCGAGUUCAGCAAGGCGCUGAGGGAUUUCCAGCGUGUGACCCACCUCCCUGCCAGCGGGGUGCUGGAUGCCCCCACCCUCCAUCAGAUGGCCCUGCCCAGGUGUGGCACGGAUGACGGGCACGGCCGCGCUGCCCCCGCCCGGCGCCGCCGGCGCUCGGCACAGCACGGAGGGCGGUGGCCGAAGCGGCAGCUGACGUACCGCGUGGUGAACCGGCCGCCGUACCUGCCGCAGCACGGCGUGCGCCUGGCCGUGCGCGCCGCCUUCCAGCUCUGGAGCAACGUGUCCUCCCUGCUCUUCUGGGAGGCACAGGAUGGUCCCGCCGACAUCCGCCUCACCUUCUUCCAUGGCGACCACAACGAUGGACUCAACAACGCCUUCGAUGGGCCAGGAGGUGCCCUGGCCCACGCCUUCCUGCCCCGGCGAGGAGAAGCUCACUUUGACAGCGCUGAGCGCUGGUCCCUGCACAGUGGCAAGGGGAGGAACCUGUUCGUCGUGGUGGCCCACGAGGUGGGGCACACGCUGGGGCUGCAGCACUCGCCCGUCAAGAGCGCCCUCAUGUCACCCUACUACAAGAAGCUCAGCAAGGAUUUUGUCCUCAGCUGGGAUGACAUCUUGGCCAUACAGAGUUUGUACGGAAAGCCCUCCAAGGGCUCGGCCAUCCAGCUCCCAGGAAAGGUCUUCACUCACUUCCAGGACUGGAACACGGACCUUUACAGCAGGGACCGGCAGCAGAGGAGCCUCAGCACCUACUACUGCCACUCCUUCUUCGAUGCCAUAACCUCUGAUGGGGAUCACAACCUCUACAUCUUCAAGGGCAGCCACUACUGGGUGGUGUCGGGCAGUGGCAACGCCAGUGAGCCCCAGGCUCUGCAGCCGCGCUGGCCCGGCCUGCCCGCCGGCAUCGACGCCUGCACCUGGUCCCAGAGCACGGGCAAGUUCUACUUCUUCAAAGGUGGCCGCUGCUGGCGCUACGCUGGCUCCCAGCUGGACGCGGGAUUCCCCCGCAAAUGCAGCGCCCUGGGGCUGCCCCGGCACCCGGACACCGCGCUCUACUUCCCGCAGCUCCGGCGCCUCGUCCUCUUCAAGGGGCCCAAGUACUUCGUGCUGGGCGAGGAUCCCAUGGCCGUGGAGCCCUACUACCCCCGGAGCCUGCGGGACUGGGCAGGGCUGCCCCCGGGCACCGCCGGCGCCCUCGCCCACCGCGACCGCGCCCUCUACUUCUUCAGGGACGAUCGGUUCUGGAAAUUCGACCAGGACAAGCUGCGGGUGGUGGCCACCGGCAAAUGGGCCACGCAGCUGGCCUGGAUGGGCUGCUGGGAUGCCGACAGUGAGCAGGUGCUGUUCUGA